AACCUCUUCAACUACAUUUAACUUGCAAUUUUUGCUGAAGAUGAAAGACCAGAAGACCAAGAACAUAUAUUCUUGGCCCGUAUGGGAUGAUCUUCCUGAAGAACUACUUGUUAAGAUCAGCAAGUGCCUCAAAUACUCAUUUCAAGUAGGUCAUUUUCGUGCUGUUUGUACCUCUUGGAGAUCCGCAGUUCCAUUCCCCCCUCAUACAAGACUCUCAAUUGUCCCUAAAUACAUUCCCAGUAAAAAGCCUCAUAGUAAAUACAUCAGAAGAUUAGUUUUCCGGCUUGAUCUUCAACAACUUCCACCUUCAUCAUCCACACCAUCACUCACCAGUUAUUUGAUAGCUGUGGCGGAACAAUUCAAAGGAGACGGCCAAAGCCAACUCCGCCUAUUGAACCCGGUCACUGGAAGUCCUAUUCCUAUCUCCUCAUCACCAUCAAACUUGUUUCCAAGAGAAAUUAAUUUGAACAAAUUUCGCGUCUCUAUACUGCAUAAAUCUUCCUUGACGUUGCGUGCAGAUACAAAUCGCUGUCUUAUUGGCAAAGUUGUUCAUCUUUCCGCUCUCCGCCAAUCCUCUGACGGACGUAAUCCGAAAGCAACUGCUAUUCUUGGGAGUGGAAAAGUGUCUUUAUUUACAAGUAAUACAAGAGGGAUAGUUAUCUUAAAUUAUAUGAUGGAUAGUCUUCUUAGAGGCCAUAACCUGAACAAGCCUUUUUAUCAUGAUGUGGUGAAGUAUAAGGAGAAAUGGUUCGCUAUUGAUCAAUAUGGGCGAGGGGUUAUGGUGGAUUCUUCUUCGAAAGUAAGUCUAGUUACAGAUCCUCUGUUUCAUCCAAACAGGAAUGGUUACUUUCAUAACCACCGGUCAUACUUGGUGAAAUCAUCAGGGGAUGCAGAUCUAUUUCUAGUGGACAGGUACUUGGAGAAACCAUCAGAGCAAACAAAUUACGCUGAACAACAUGCUGCAACCUCUGAUGAUAAUGCAAAGGAACCAGAGUGCGAUAUGGCAGUUAGAUUCAGAGUGUAUAAACUUGAGGAAGAGGAGCAUUGUUGGAAGGAAGUUACAAGCUUGAAUGACCAAGUCAUAUUUGUCGGAGACUAUGCAUCUUACUGGUCCUACUGUGUGUCUGCUAAAGAUUUUCCAGGGUGUAGAGGAAAUUUAAUUUACUUCACAGGUCAAUUCAGGAAAGCUGGGGAUGGAGAUCUCCAUGAUUUUUGGGAUGCGCUAAAACAUGAAAAAGACUACUCACUUUGGGGGAUUUGACAUGGAGAACGCGUUUAUUGGGCCAAUGGCAUGUUUCCCUGGUUACACUAAUUUUUUCUGGCCACCUCCUAGCUGGCUCAGCUGAGAUUUUCUCCAAUGCCAUGGUUAAAUGUACUCUUAUGAUCCAUUUUAUGUGUUAGAUUGAAUCUUGAAAAGUGAAAAAUAUUGUAUGUCACUGCUUCUUCAGUAAAUUCUAGACGAAGUCAUUCGAAUUGAAUUAAACAUUUUCAUUUGUGGUUAAGUGCAACCAUUUUUUGGCAGGGGAAAACCUAGAAGGUUACAUACAUGA